CCUUUGCUGUGAUGGGAAAUGCACAGGAACCUAAUGAGAAGCUGGGUGGUAGGAUUUUAGUUUUGAGUGGUCCAACUGGCACGGGAAAAUCAGCUGCCAUUCAAGUGCUUGCGAAAAAGGACGAUAUAUUUCUUGCGAAAUAUGAAAACCCUGAAUUUGAAAACGAAUUUAGAACCGAUGAAGUAUUUGAGCUUGGAGCACAUAGAUCAGACGAUUAUACGCCAGUUUUAACUACCUUUAAAAAAUUUGUAUAUAAAUGCAAGCAGGAUUUAAGUUUUUUAGCACCUUCCGAUUUUCAAAUUCUGUUAUUCGAAGAAUGGCCGGAUCUUCAGAAUCAAACUACAAGAAAGGAGUUUCACGAUUUUUUAAUUUCUGACUAUUUUAAUGAUCUUAGUGCUAUGUUUGACGCCACAAAUCUUGAAAUGGGUGCUCAUGAGUUUGAUUUCUCUAGAAAUUUGCUAUUGCCAGAACAAAUCAUUACUAAUUCAAUAAAAUUUAAAGAAAUAAGGUUUAAUAGCUUACCAAAAAGUAAUAUUGAACGUGGUUUGACUCGAAUUUCGGAAUUAAUUUCCCGUGUAUAUCCACAAGAGUUACUUGGGAUUCCAUAUGGAAUAUUUAAGCAAAUGAUUAAUAUUGUUGCUGAGGAAAACAUUGGUGAUAUAAGACGAGCAAUAAAUGAAUUUCAGUACUUAUGGAUCACCGAACGAAGAAGAAUAGCGCAAGAAAUCCGAGAAAGAUCAACAACAAAUAAUAUAACGAUAAUGCCGUGCGAUGGUUCUGAAAAGUAUAUGAGUUUACGCAGUAACUUAUUUCGAAUACUUUCGGGUGAACAAUUGACUGAUCCCGGGCAUAGGAAAGAUACUAAA